UUUUAAAACGUUUCUAAAAACACAAUUUAGUAAAAAAUAACUAAUAUUAAUGAAUAGCUAUUAGAAAUGCAAAAUGUUGUCUUUUCUGGUGCAACCGGUUUUAAAAUGUAUGCAUUUUUUGCAUGCAGUUGCAGUGUUUAUACUGACCGCCAGUUAUCAUAUGGGACGAGGCAUAUUUCUACUGAUAAUACAAGUAUGCAAUAUUAUACGAGAUAUAUUAACUGCAUUAGCUAUUAUUGGAGAAGAACUUUAUCGCUUUGUUUGCGAACUGAAUACCAGCAUUGCAGCUGUUUCGAAUUAUAUCAGAAGCUCCGCUAAUGGUGGCAUUAAUUGUGUGCUGGAAGCCGUGGGUGUUUUUAUAAAACACAUAAGCAAAUUUUUUAUCAACACACGUUUGCACACCAAGCUUCUAGCUACUCAAAUUGGAAGCUUUAUAGCUGAUUUUUUAAAUUUAUUAAGAAAUGCUUUACUGUUAAUAGCAGACUGUGCCUGGUGGUUAAUAACUCUGUUGCCCAGAUGGUUACUGUAUGCUUUAAUCGCUGUGGGAGAUUUUAUCGUAGAAAGCAUAACCGCAGUACGCAAGGCUUUAGUUUAUACAGUGCAGGUUAUAGUGGAAGAUGUUUUUCGUUUGACAAUCGGUAUCGUUUUGCUAUUUAUUUUGUGGCACAAUCGUAGAAGAGUGGGUUUGGCAAUUUUGAGAUUGCUUUUAAAAGUGAAAAGAUUUAUUCGAUUAUGUUGGCUUUGUUUAAAGCUUUUAAUUAGACGAAUGUUUAGACGUAGAGUAAUUCAAACUCUUACUACUCCAACACGAACUUUGGGGGCUCAAAGACGAUCCCCAUUACCCCGCCCAAGUAUUUCUCCCAGUAAUAGUGACAAAUCGUUGGAUUCCACACAACGUUGCGUUGUUUGCCGAGAUCGACAAAAAUGUGUUCUGUUGCUGCCCUGUAAACAUUUGUGCCUUUGUGAGGAAUGUGCGGAUUAUAUGUUCUUUACUUCCCAAAGACAAAACUGUCCUCUGUGUCGUACAUUUAUCGAUCAUUCGAUGUCCGUUUACAUUUAAUGCCAAAAAAGAAUUGACAAUUUUACUAAGACAAUGCUGCAUUUAGUGGUAAGUUUAGUUUUUAGAAUUUUUUAACCUGUACAAAGUUUUUUGUAAAAUAAAACGAAAUAUAACGAAA